UCGGUGUAGUUAGUGAGAGGGGGUUGUUCCUCCUCCUGCGCUUUAGCUUUAGCUGAUAAAAGUCUCAGCUAUAGCAUCAGACUCUCUCACACACAAACAUUCCUCUCCACUCAGAGAGUUUGUUGUUUUCCAGGUGCUAAAGAACCAACACACUGUUACAGCUAGGUAUUUUGGUCUAAAGAUUUCGCCAAGAUGAGGAGAUCCUGUGCCAUCUACGCGACCGGAAUUGUGUGUGCUCAUCUACUCAUAGUGGGAAUCGCCCUGAUGGUGGCUCAAGUUUUCCAAACAAUGAUCCAGGAGAGGAUAAAAAAGGAGAUCACCUUGGGUGAGAACAGUCGAGUACUGGCUGGCUGGAUAAACCCUCCACCUCCAGUUUACAUGCAGUAUUUUUUCUUCAAUGUUACCAACCCUGAUGAGUUCUCAGCUGGCACAGCAAAGCCUCGUGUCACACAAAUAGGACCUUAUACAUACAGGGAAUACAGACCCAGAGAAAACGUCACAUACUUGGAAAACGGCACGAAGGUUUUUGCCACAAAUCCAAAGUCUUUUGUAUUUCUUCGGGAAAUGUCUGUCGGAGACCCAGAGGUGGACCUCUUGACCACUCCCAACAUUCCAUUCAUUGCCGUCAUGAAUGAAAUGAACUCCUAUUCUUUUUUAAUCCGUCCCCUGAUCUCCUUAUUUAUAAAAUCCUUGGGCGUAAACUUGUUCAUGACCCGCACAGUGCACGAGUUUCUCUGGGGUUUCAAGGAUCCACUGAUGACUAAACUUCACCAGUUGAAGCCUGAGGUGGACGAAAACUUUGGCCUCAUGUACAAGAAAAAUGGAACCCAUGAAGGUGAAUUUGUCUUCCACACUGGAGAGCAGAACUACAUGGAUUAUGGCAAGAUCGACACCUGGAAUGGAAUAAGACAAAUGAACUGGUGGUCAUCAAACCAGAGCAACAUGAUUAAUGGCACAGAUGGCAGCGUGUUCCACACCUUCCUGUCCAGAGACGAGUUGCUCUACAUCUUUGCUGCAGAUCUCUGCAGGUCAAUCCAUCUGGGAUAUGUGACUGACACGGAGGUGAAGGGGAUUCCUGCAUUUCGCUUCGCUCCUCCCGCUGAUGUCCUCGCUGCACCAUCGGAGAAUCCCGCAAACGCUGGCUUCUGCGUGCCUGCUGAAGACUGCCUGAGUAAAGGAGUGCUUAAAGUCAGCGUGUGCCGUGAAGGAGCCCCUAUUGUUGUUUCAUUCCCACAUUUCUACCAAGCUGAUCAGCAGUACAUAGAUGCCAUUGAUGGGAUGAAUCCAAAUAAGGAAGAGCACGAAACAUAUCUUGACCUAAAUCCGACGACUGGGGUUCCAAUUCGUGCCUGUAAGAGAGCCCAGCUCAAUAUUAUAAUGAAGAGGAUACCUGGCUUCCCUCAAACACGGUUCCUGAACGAAACCAUUUUCCCUAUUAUGUAUGUCAACGAGACGGCAACCAUCGAUGAUGACUCCGCCUCCCAAAUGAAAACUCUGCUUCUCAUCAUAACAAUAGUGUCCAACUUUCCCGUCAUCAUUGUCGGCGUGGGCGCCAUAUUACUGCUCGUCUUCAUCUUCUUGGUGUGCAGGAACCGUCAAAGAAAGAAUGAAGUAAAACGUAUUGAUUUUACCGAAGCUUUUCAUUCUUUUGCUACGGGGAAGGAAGAUACAGCCUACACUCCGGUCAGCAACAAAUCAGACGAGUCACCCGAAUCUCACAGCAACCAGCCAGCAAAGAAUGGCUCCUACAUCGCCAUGUCACCAGUCGAGGCCCAGAAGUGUUGAUAAAGAUCAAUGCGUGGCAUUCCCACUGAGGGGAUCCACUAGUGUGACACUCUUUUCCUCUUUUCACCUUUUGAUUCUGUCCACUGUGCAGCGUGUUCAGGCAGGUCAACUCCUAGAAGCACUAAGGUCGAACAUGACGACACUUCUCUCUACAGGUGGUGGUCUCGAUAUACCGCCUCUCUCCUGCUGACAUUCUUUUUGCUGUUGAAGCAUGGCCUAGGACCUGCCGUAUUUUUUGACACAACAAAAAAAAACGUACUCCUUGAAAAAACACAGUGCUGUUUAUCUAGUCACUUCCUCCGGGUCUGACGCUGACACUAUUGUUGACUAGACACAUAUUGAACAAACUGAAAACACCUGUCCGCCUUUUGGGACCGUAUGCCAACAGUGCAUGUCAACCAGUCUGUAGUUCCUGUUUAGCCCUGUUUAGCUCGGGCCUGUGAACAAAGAGAGCGUGAACGUGUUCCGGCUGCUAGCAGGAGCCAUUUUGAACACCAGUGUUUAGGCAUCGGCUAGGCUCUUACAGUGUAUGAUGAAAGCUAAUUGCCACACUACUGUAUUGAAGUCUGUUUAGUCAGACUUCAUCUAACAAAGCUCUUUAUUUGUUAUAUCCUAACAUUUCCUAGAUUAUAAGGCAAACGUUGUUGUUUGUCUUAUCAGAGUGUUUGAAAAGCUAAAGGGUCGGGCGUAGUCAUGGUCGUGGGUGUGAUUGUGUGCGUGACUGGGGUUUUGUAUGUAUGUGGAGCACGGCAGACAUGCUGACACUUGCGUAUGUGUUAAUCUCACUGCUAUGAGGCGAUUUCUAAAGAGCAGCGCACUCACUAAGCAUCAUACGGUGCCAAAUAAUGGUCACUAGAUUUCAAGGGUCCUUUCUAAACAUGUUCAAAUGUCAUACUCUGGAUAAACAGGCCCCAGAGUGCCAGAAUUGUCAAUUUCGCUCACUCCUUUAGCCUUCCCUGAUUCAGGGGGUCUCCUAGUCGUGCUGUGAAAAAUGAGCUUUCGUUACUCUUUUCUGAAGGGAAAGGAAAGCAAGCUUACAAAACGCACAAGUGAGACUUGAACCUGUUCUCUGCCUUACGUGUGAGUUUGCAGUGUGAAAGGGCUCUGUGAUGUAGCCUUCAUUUAAAUCCAGUCUGUAGUCAAAACAUCUGCAAGGCAUCGGUCAAGCCCUCAUGUUCUGUUUAAGGCAUCUAAUCUCCAACCACGAGAAUGCACAACUAGAUCGACCUACUUUACUCAGGGGGUUGUUUACAGCCUCUUAUCUCUAAAUGACUUUGAGGGCUAAUAACUAAAAAAUCCACCAGUCAUGAGGAGUUUCUGUCCAUUGCGUGGGCAUGUUACUUCAGUUCACCUUCGAGGCAAUGGGCGAUUUAAGACUGAUGAUGGGUCUGACACUUUGAAACUCUGUAUGUCUUGUUAAUUUUGUUCCUCUCAAACCUGUCCAUGGUGUUUAAACCUGACCCAUCUGAGAAUUGAGUAAAUGCCAUAAAAAGGUCUACUUGGCAAAAAAGUGCACUUUUUCUAAAAUAUGGUCCUGCACAUUUUUUGUGUAAUUCAGUGCAGCGGUCCUCAUUUGCAUUUCAGAGAUGUGCCCAAAAUGUCUGUUUUAUCUGUGUGUUCUUGUUUUUCAGUUUUGUUUUUUUUCCCCUUUGUAUGUGCUAAACCAAGUCUAGCCUUCUUAUCAGUUCUGCUCAAACAAAUGAUCAAAUGCUUUACGCAGAUACAGUUUUGUAUGCACAUGUACAAAGUCUGAUCAGUAUGAAGCCAAAUAUCUUUGGUACCAUCUUUAACAAAUUGUGAAUGAUCUGUGUGUAAGCUCAGAGUUGGGCAUGUUACAUUCUACAUAUUUUCUGUGAUUUGUUGCCACCAAGGACUGUGGUUCGUUCAUUCAGUAUCAUUUCAUGGCAUCUAGUGUCAAUUUUUUAAAAUGUUUUAAUUUUGUCCUUUUUUCAAUUGAAAAACUGAACUGGAAAAGAAUAUCAGCGUAUAUACUGAGUGUUGGUGCUCUAGCUAGUAAACAAAUGGAGGUGCGAGGAGAGUAACUGGAACAUUUAGGUGAACACACAUGGCCUUCUUGGUAUGCUUUUGUAGUCAGAAGUGUACAAUAUCCAACAAUGGCCUUUAUGAAAGUAUAAACUCAAAAAUAGCCAUGGAUGAGUCCGGUUGUCCUCAUUACCCCAAAGUGGCUUGUUCCACUUGUCGUGACUUGAAUUUUUAAGCUCUCCAACCUAAGCCAUUUCGACACUCGGCUGACUUUUGAGCCCAAACCUUCUCAUUGCUUCACUCGACUGUGCGCUCGACCAAAGAUAACCUGAUAGAUAUAGGCGUCCCUCAUUUGUUUGCUUUCACAGAUACAGCUGUAGUGCCAUCAAUUUGCCAAUUUACAACACUCAAGGGCAAAAGGCAAAAGAAAAUCAUUUUCGAGAUAAUACUAAGAGAGAUUUCUACAGCGUUUAUACCAACUCUCAGCGCUGCGACAACACUCAGUAUUAUGUAUUGACUCAGCAAUACAUUGUGUAAAGUAAUUUUUGUAAAGCUUAAAAAAAAAGUUUUUUGUAUCUAAAACAACAUUAAUGCGUCUCGUUGAGUUAUCUGUUCUAUCUGCAAUUUGUACAGUAUUCAUCUUUUGGUUCUUCCUUAUUUUCUAAUAUCUCACUCAUUUUUCUUCCUAUUUUCUUUCUUCCUUCUUCCCAGAUUUAUAAUGUGGUUCUAAAUAUUGUUCCACGGUUGAGAUGUUAACAGUGUGUAUAUGAUUUCUAAGUUAAGUGGCAGUGAUUAAGAAAAGCUUGUGUGUAUUUUGUCAUGGGGUUAGAGUCUUAAGACUAAUGACCCUCAAUGCCACAGGUUUCUUAAGAAGCCACAGCACUGUUUGGUGCGACGUGGAGUGCCAUAGGAAGGCAGAGUGUCUUUAAGUUUAGUUUAAAGGGGGAUUGCCGUUUUGCCACGGUGGGCACUGGAGAAUUGACCCUUUAAUUUUUGUCCCUAAGAUGAAUGACGCCCUCCUUUAGGAAAGUUUAGUGCCAUUACUUCCUUGUUUAUUGAGUUUUAGGAAUUUACUAAAAAUGGUGUAGCAAAGUCAGUGUUUUUCCAUCACCUGCAUUUCAGUUCACCAUUCCCAUGUGAUGAAGGAUGAUUUUGAUCAUUUCACGUUACUUGCUGCUGAAAAAGACAAUCCCCACCUCAUGUUCAGUGCAACAUUUAUUUGAAAAUAAAAUUCCAAUUUUACUUUUGAAAAUUUACACUGCACAAAUGUUUCUGCAAUACUUUUUAUAAACAUUUUUAGUGUUCUUUGCAAAAAAUAAAGUUGCAUUUAUUGCAAAAUGACUCUU